AUGGCCGCAUCGGUUUUGGAGGAGGAGGCACGUUAUGGAUCCAGUCCCUUAGCUAUGCUAACUGCAACUUGCAACAAAUUCAGUAGCACCAGUCCAGUCCAUGAUUCUUCCUCUCCUAGUAAAGGGGGAAGCACUGCCAUGGUGAAAAAAACAUCUAGCAUGAGUUCGGACCUCCAGUCACCUAAGAAUGCCAGAGCCAGUGAGGGUUUACCUGAAUCCUAUACCAGCCCAUUUGGUGCAGGUGGUAGCCUGCUCAGUCCAGCUGGAAGCCCUCCACCACCAGCAGGAGGCUAUGGCUCCGAGUACAAUCCCUUUUCCCACUCCUUUCAGACUUCCACUGCAUCUCAGGAUCCAUCACUAGUGUCAAAGGCUCAUGCAACAGCAGACUGUUUGACCAGUGUCUACACAUCACUGGAUAUGACGCAUUCAUAUGGUUCAUGGUACAAGGCCGGCAUCCCUGGCAUUACAACCCCCCCUGCAAAUGCUAGCUCAUCUUGGUGGGAUGUCCACCCAAACUCCAAUUGGUUGAGUGUUGCACAGCCUCAGAGUGACAAUCUUCAGCCCUCCCUCCAGCCAGUGCCACCUCAGGCCUCUCUCAAUCCCCAGCUCCCAAGCUACAGUUCUGACUUCAGUUCUCUCAGCCCGACUCCCUACCCUUCUGUGGGUCUGGGCUCCUCCUCACACCUUCUCCAGCCCUCACAGCACAUGCUACCACAGGACAUGUACAAGUCAAAGUCAGUGCCCAGCACCGGACUCAUGGAGAACCCUAUGGGGCUGAAGCAGGCCCGGGCAUCUGGGGGUUAUGGAGGUAGUUCCGCAUCUGGUAGGUCUUCCUGUGACUGUCCUAACUGCCAGGAGCUGGAACGGCUUGGCUCAUCUGCUGCCUCUCUGCGGAAGAAGCCAGUGCACAGCUGUCACAUCCCAGGCUGUGGGAAAGUCUAUGGCAAGGCCUCCCACCUGAAAGCUCACCUGCGCUGGCAUACAGGCGAACGUCCCUUUGUCUGCAACUGGCUGUUUUGUGGGAAGCGAUUCACACGCUCAGAUGAGCUUGAGCGUCACGUGCGAACCCAUACAAGGGAGAAGAAGUUCACAUGUCUCCUGUGCAACAAACGCUUUACACGUAGUGACCAUCUCAGCAAGCACCAGAAGACACAUACAGAAGCCAGUCUGCAAGGGAAAAGCACAGGUGGAGAAGAGGAGACAGAACCCAGGGUGGCAGAAGAUAUAGACCACAAUAAUGUGACACCCAGUGGCUCAAGGAAUGCCAUUCAAGAUUCUGCAGCUAAUGCAGAUGAAAAGAGCAGCAUGGGGAAUGGAGUAGAGACAAGCUGUGGACUGCUGGAGAUCUAA